AUGCUUCUCAGUGGAGGGUUGUUCUGCCUGUUAUAUUUCCCUCUGAUCCAAGGAAGGCAUGAGACAUUGCCUAGGGACUGGCUGGUGGGUUUAUCCCAGAGAGACAGGUCUCUGUGCCAUUUGGUCGCCAGUGACCAUUCGGCCCACUCUUUAAGUUUCCUAGCCCGGCUCCAAGGGUUCCACGAUAGACUAGUCCUCUUCCAAACCAGCUGGAGCUGGCAGGGUCAGCUGGAGCAAUGCAUCUUCUGGGAGGAGGAGACUAUCACUAGCGCUUACCUGGCUUCUUGCCUUGAGAAGCAGGGCAAGCCACUGAGCACCGGUGCUUUCCUGCCAGAGUGGGACUCCCGCCUGGACACGGCCCUGCUACACCCGGAGCAGUGGGCUGUCAACUGCUCCAGCCCGCUGCCCUUUGAGGCUGGCCGUGGGCUUCGGGCUGACCCGCCGCCUCCAGGCUGGCCCUCACGGAGAAGGAGGAACGCUCCCCGUGCUCCUAUGGGGAGACUCGACACCCCGGGCGAAUCCUCAUUCUUCCAGCACCAUCGGGCAGGAGCCAGGCGCAGCCGCCGGACUUUGAGAUUUCCUGGCACCCUUUGGUGUGGCGCUGGAGAUUCUGCUGAGAACUACGCCGACUUAGGAAUAUUCCAUCAGACAGAUUCAUGCUGCAGAGAACACGACCACUGUAAACACACAUUGUCUUCUUUUGAAUACAACUAUGGAGUAUGGAACAUCAGACUGCACACAGUAUCCCACUGUAACUGCGACGAAAUGUUUAGGAGAUGCCUCCUGAAUGUAAAUGAUACUAUCUCCACAAUUGUUGGGCAUGCAUAUUUCAGCUUUCUCCAAGUGCCCUGUUUCGAUCUGAAGCCAGUUGAACGUUGUGUUAAGAAGACCCAAUGGAACCAUUGCAAUAUCACUGAACAAGUGCUGCAGGCUGUUUUUCGUUCUCAACCGAGGUACAGUUGUACCCAGCCCAGUUUAGAUGAGCUUCAGAUGGGAUUGGAGUCUAAACCCAUGGCAAGUUCUGCAGCAACCAGCAGACAGAGCCAAACAGUCACUAGCCUCUCUGCUGGACCCACUACUCGUCAUACAUUGCUAAAUUUAACCCAAAAGAUCAAAAGGAAAAACAAAGAUUGUCACGAGUGCAAAGAUGACCAGAUGCAGAAAACUGAAGUUAUUUCUCAAAAUAGCUUGAUGACCACAAUGGCUACCACUAGACUGGCUUUUAACUCCAUCAUUGAACAGAAGUCAAUCCCUGUUGCUGUGGAGAAAAAGAAUGGCCCCAAAAGGCUUUUGCAGAGAAAUGUCUCUAAGGCUUUAAACAACCAGAUGAAUGGGACCAUGGCUGUUGGAUUGGAUGAAUAUAUCAGUAAAGAACAUGGUUUCACCAUUCAGGGAAGACCGAACACAACAGCCAAUUUGACCAAUAGUUUGGACUCCACCAUAUCGGGCAAACACAUAAUCGGGCCUUUGAUAAAGCAGGAUACCAUGAAAAAUGAGGUCACUAGCUCCUUUACUUCUGCAAGGAAGGCAUUCAACUUGAGCAGCGUUUCUAAGAACAGUAAUUCAAAAUCUUUCCCAAGUGGCAGUGACAGAAAAGGCCACACACCAACAGGUCUGCAAAGUAAGAUGGGAAACUGGAGCCAAUCUGAAAUCCUCACCAGCUCCCCCAGUACUCGUCAAAAUCUGGAUCCAAGCACUCCUCGUUCAACUGCAUUGAAAGGUACUUCCACAGGUUGCAGCAUUUACAAACCCCUGGAUCGGUGUAGGCGCAAGAUCUCUCCACAGGAAUUCAAGUUCUCAUAUUACAACCAGCAGUCCAGGACUCUCUAUCACUGUUCCUGCAUGAAGAGAUUGGCAAAUCAGAUGAACAAAUAUGUGAAUGGGAGCGCAGUGGAGUGGCUGUUGUCUGAGUUUGUGUUACCACGCUGUUUCUGGCUGAAAUCAGCGCCAAGGAAUUGCAAUAAUGAGGAGCCAAGGAGGUGUGAUAAACAAUCAGGUUCCCCUGUGGCUAUCCUUUCCAAGUAUGAGUAUCUCAAGAGGAUUCUACAAGACCUUAGCAUUAUAGAUGAAUUCUUCAAUCCACUAACAGAUGAGCAAGAAAGAUACAAGAAUGGAACAUCCAAUGUCACCAAUUCCAGUAAAUUGUAUGACAAGUGUUUACAAUUGACUCAGGCUUGA